UGAGGCCAUUGAAGGUGCCUAACAGUAUAAACACAACACACCAUGGCAGCUGCAGAUUCAGAGGCUUCAUAUAUCGAUUACGAAGCAUUCGCAUCGCCAGACUUUCACGCUCCGACCUUCGCAAACACGCUGGUUCUUUCUACCAACGACGCCAACGACACUUCCCUCGACCUCUCCACACCACUUUCACGGGUCCUCUUCGACGUACAGGAAGUCGACACACAUAUAGAUUCUCUCACCACCUCAUCUGCCCUGCCUCUGCUGAAACACACAUCUACCCGCGCGCAAGCCAGCACACACGUCCUCGACACUCUCGAAUCUCAGGUCCAGGGACUACAACAGGCAUACACAAGGCUGCAUCAAGACGUGGUAGAGAGAUACGAGCAAGCAGAACAAGUACGUCUAGCAGCAGACAGGCUUGCAAAUACACUCCGACUUGCCAGAGCGGUCGCAAGAUGUCUACACCUCGGUCGAACGCUCGAGGGCAGCAUGGCCGAUACGGACAAGCCACGCGAAGGCCAUCGAUCGCUUGCACCUGCGGCCAGACUGGUGUUGUCGCUUCGACAGACUCUAGCUCCUGAAGAUGUGGCCGAGGCGAGAUUACUCGCACGUGUGAAUGCCAUUACUACACUGCGGAAUGAAUUGCUCGACCCAUCCGAGAGAAGCCUGCUGGGAAAAGCACAGCAAAGUAUUCGCGAGUUCAGCAUGUCAACCCUUACGGGCUCAUCUGGAGGAGCUGGAUCCGUUUUUGCACAGCACGAUGACACAAGAGCGAGGACAUCGGCAGCGUUGCACACGCUAUACCUGCUCUCUCCAGUGAGCCUACCACCGAAGUCGUCGAACAUACAAGGUGCCACGUUCAAUCCGACUCUUCUUGUGAAUGCUCUGCAGUCAUAUCUACAGACCUCUCUUACUGCCUCAGCCACUUCCUUAGCACGUGCUCUAGCUACUCUUCCAACGCUCGACCGCACUCUGCUGGAUAUCAGUGCAAGGUGUCAAAACAUAGUAGCAUUGGAGUCACUAUUGUCUACUGCAAGGCCUCCAGCUCAUCCUCUUCUACCUACUUCGGCUGACAGCAACACCCCGGCUCCACUCGAGCCUCCGCCUGCCUUCCUAGGUCCUCUUCUUGCAGCUCUUGACACCUCCUCAUUGCCUUCUUACUUCUGGCGAUCUUUGGCAUCUUCUUUGGCUCCACGAGUGCAAGAGAUCAUUGCACGUGGAGGCGUCAGCGCGCGUACUCUGAAGACGAAUAGAGAUAAGGUCCGAGACGCGGUCAGGGAAUGUGUGCACAGGGGUAGCCAAUUGCCGUCCUCGGCAGGUUCGAAGAAGGUCGUAGGGAACUGGGAAAGAGAAGCUGCUGUUAUGGUCGGUAGUAUCAUUGGGUCUCUGGGUCGAUAGAAUCAAUACACACGGUGGCACCUCUUGUCGUUUCAUAAAGAAGCAUUAAGCACUUAUCGUGUCCAAUAAAUGCACAACGUCGCU